AUGCACUGCCUGUAUCUCAUCAUCUCACCCAUUUCGCUCACUCAACAGAGUGAUAAACUCAACUAUCACCUGGUCUCACACUACAGAGAAGGUCAUCUCGACGAGUAUAUUCGCUAUAGGGGGAGUAUUCCAAAUGUCCAUAAUUUAGGCCGUAAACUUGGAAAUAUUCAUCAUUUCCCAUUGGCUAUUAUCGCAGUAGAUUAUUCAUGGGGAAAGCUUUGCGCCACGGACAUUAUUCAUCUUCAAGAGGUAUAUAAUUAUUUCGGUGGGAGGCCCAACCGCGAAGUGAACCUCAAAAAAGGCUCGUCAGACCUAAUGGACAAAGAUUACAUGGUAUGUCACAACAUUCUACUACAAGCAAGAGAUAAAAGAUCCAAAAUUCGACUAUCAAGCGUCAUUAAUGCAGAAUUUGCCCCCUGUACGCUAAAAAUACUGCUGCGACUUGUUUCGUCAAAUCAUGCCAAGGUUGUUGGUCCUUUUAGUAGUUACAGUCAUCAAAAAAAGUCAAGACUUUCUGUCAUAGGUAACGUCAAUAUUCCAGCAAAAAAUAUAUUAGAUUCGCCUGAUCCAAUUAUCUCGACCGUGAUAGAAGGAACUGAAAUGCACCUCGUCUCUGUCGCUGGAUAUCUCAAGCUGAUCAUCAAGAAGGGACCUGAUAUAUUUGAAAUAAUGCCACGCUUAGGAGAUCAUCCAGACGAUAAACUCUACGAUUUCUUGGUGAAUUACGAAGCAUUUCAUCAAGUUGCUCCAAAGCUCAACCUGGAACAGGCUAGUAUUGUCUAA